AUUUUGAACGGAGCCCCGCUCCGGUGUGUUUUUAUCUCUUUACUGUUUGAGUUUUUCUGUGUUUAAUAAAGAAAAGCUGCAGAGAGAGAGAGAGACAUGGAGGAGAGUCCAUCUGAGAGCCGACCAGCGCACUCCAAACCCUCAGAGAGUCUAAAGGAGAAGGAGAAAGAUGGGGGGAGCAGUGAGAACACAGCGACGUCCAGCUUCACCAAACCAUAUACAGGUCAUGCUGCUAAGUCCGCUCCUCCCUCGUCUCCGUCUGCAUCCUCCGGUCGAGCGAAGAUGAGUGUAUGUGGGCCGGGCAGUAAAAACCCCUCCUCCUCCUCCUCCUCUUCCUCUCUUUCUUCAUCCUCCUCUUCCUCAGCCCCACCCCCUAAAGUCCACCGCGCCCGCAAGACCAUGAACAGACCCCCCAUCACACAGGUUCGCUCUGUUGAAUCGUCUGCUGCGUCUCCGGUGAAGCCAGCGACGGGAAGCCCUGUGGAGCCGGACUCAGUGAAGAGGCUGAAGGUGUCGACGGACUCUGACUCCACAGCGCCCUCUAUAAAAAGCCCAGUAAAAGCACCAGAGCCCACAGUGAAGGAGGUGAACCCUGCAGUCUCUGUGGCGUCACCAGUGGUGGAGAAGGCGGAGCCUGUCGCUACGGCAACCAAAGAGCACCAUGGUGGUUGGUUGGAGGACCUGGAUGAUGAAGCAGAUGAGGAAGACUUCCACCUGAUGUACAACAGCUACGCAGGAGACGACGUCAUCUACUCCGACAGCAAGUCUGAUGAUGGAAUGAUGGAGGGACCUCUGGAGGUUCGAGUGGGAGGAGACAUGACUCACCUGUCUGAUCAGUACGCUGCGUCUGAGCUGCGGCCCAGAGCAGGUCUGAAGCAGCAUCAGCAGCAGGAGGAAGAGCGAGAAGCUCCAGCAGCUGCAGAGACGGCUGCUCCAGCAGGGGGCUCCACUGAUUACACUGAGGUUCCUCUGGGGUCGUUGGAUAUCUCGGCUGCAGACAGCCUCACUCUCUCCCCUCAUGCAGACGGCAGUGAUAGAGAGAUGGAGCGGAUGGAGGAGUUGCCGUUGUGUAGCUGUAGGAUGGAGGCGCCACGUGUAGAACGGCUAACUGCACACACACACCGUACCUGCAUGGCCAUCGAGAGCAUCAACGGACAGCUGGUGGGUUGUACUAAUCAGAUAGUGAAGGGGGAGACGAUGCGUCCCUCCAGUCGUGUGUCUCUGAUGGUGCUGUGUGAAACUCAUCGCUCUCACAUGGUGAAACACCACUGCUGCCCGGGCUGUGGAUACUUCUGUCUGUCGGGAACGUUUCUGGAGUGUUGUCCGGACGUUCGUAUCGCUCACCGCUUCCACCGCGGCUGUGUGUCGGUGCUGAGUGGGGGGCGGAGCCGGGGAGGUGUGGGCGGCGGCCUGCUGUUCUGCCCGCACUGCGGAGAGGACGCUUCCGAGGCCCAGGAGGUCACCAUCCCCCCGGCAACACCGUCACCAGGGGCGACGGUAGUCACAGCAACCGCCUCCUCCACUACCGCCACACCCUCACUGCUCCCGUCCGCGCUCUCCGUGGCAACCACAGCGCUUAGCAACGAGAAGAGGACUGGUGAGCCAAUCAGUGCUCGAAUGCACUGGAGAGGUGAGGCCAGAAAAGGGGUGGAGCUACAGUUACAGCCUACCACUGCUUCAGCUGCUGCUACUGCUGCUGGAGGGGGCGGGAUCGAGGACGUGGUUGCCCAGGGCGAUGAGGGCGUGGACAGUGUUGGCCCCUCCCUCGUUCUGCCCAAUGGAAAACCAGUCUGCCCAAGUGCAAUUCCUCCAGGAGACAGGAGGGCGGCGCUACAGAGAGCCAUUCUAACCCAGGAUACAGAGAGGAGGAAGAAGCUGAGGUUCCACCCCCGUCAGCUUUACCCAGCAGCCAAACAGGGGGAGGUCCAGAAAGUUCUGCUCAUGCUCAUGGAAGGUAUAGAUCCAGCCUAUCAGCCGGAUUCUCAGAAUCGUCGUUCUGCUCUUCACGCUGCAGCUCAGCGCGGCCUGAUGGACGUCUGCUACCUGCUCAUACAGGCAGGCGCUAAGUUGGACGCCCAGGAUAAAACCCUGAGGACCCCUCUGCUGGAGGCUAUCGUCAACAACCAGGUGGAGGUGACCCGGUUCCUCAUGCAGAGCGGAGCCUGUGUUUACCAUGUAGAGGAGGACGGCUCUACUGGUCUUCAUCACGCUGCUAAACUGGGGAAUCUGGAGGUGGUCAUGCUGCUGCUGAACACCGGGCAGGUGGAUAUAAACGCUCAGGAUAGUGGUGGAUGGACUCCUAUAAUCUGGGCAGCUGAACACAGACACAUUGAUAUCGUCAGAGCUCUACUGAACCGAGGGGCCGACGUCACGCUCAAAGACAAGGAGAUGAACGUGUGUCUGCACUGGGCGUCGUUUGCAGGCAGUGCUGAGAUAGCUGAGCUGAUACUGAACGCUGGCUGCCCACUCUCCAGUGUGAAUCAGCACGGAGACACGCCCCUCCACAUCUCCGCCCGCGAGGGGUACACCGAGUGUGUGACGCUGUUUCUCUCUCGUGGAGCGGAUAUUGAUGUCAUGAACAGGGAAGGAGACACGCCCCUUUCUCUGGCGCGCUCUGAUUCGCCGGUUUGGGUAGCGCUGCAGAUCAAUAGGAAAUUACGCAGAGGAAUAGCCAAUCGGAUCAUCCGGACAGAGAGAAUCAUCUGCAGUGAUGUAGCUCAGGGGUAUGAGAACGUUCCUAUCCCGUGUGUGAACGGGGUGGAUGAUGAAGGCUGUCCGUCAGAUUAUAAAUACAUUGCCGAGAACUGCGAGACCUCCGCCAUGAACAUCGACCGUAACAUCACACACCUACAGCACUGUAGCUGCACAGAUGACUGCUCCUCCAGUAACUGUCUGUGUGGGCAGCUCAGCAUCCGCUGCUGGUACGACAAGGACCAGCGCUUGCUGCAGGAGUUUAAUAAGAUCGAGCCGCCGCUGAUCUUCGAGUGUAACCUGGCGUGUUCCUGUUAUAAGUCCUGUAAGAACAGGGUGGUGCAGGCUGGCAUGAAAGUGCGUCUGCAGCUGUAUCGCACUGAGAAGAUGGGCUGGGGGGUCCGAGCCCUGCAGGAUAUUCCACAGGGCAGCUUCAUCUGCGAGUAUGUUGGGGAGCUGAUCUCUGAUGCAGAAGCAGACGUUAGAGAAGAUGAUUCGUAUCUGUUUGAUCUGGAUAAUAAGGAUGGCGAGGUGUACUGUAUUGAUGCUCGUUACUAUGGUAACAUCAGUCGUUUCAUUAAUCACCUGUGUGACCCGAACAUCAUACCUGUGCGAGUAUUUAUGCUGCAUCAGGACCUGAGAUUCCCCCGCAUCGCCUUCUUCAGCUCCCGGGACAUCCUGACAGGACAAGAGCUAGGGUUUGAUUAUGGAGAUCGGUUCUGGGAUAUUAAGAGUAAGUACUUCACGUGUCAGUGCGGAUCUGAGAAGUGUAAACACUCGGCGGAGGCCAUCGCCCUGGAGCAGAGCCGACUCGCCCGUGUGGAGGCGUGUCCUGAGUCCGGGAGCGACCCGGCGCUGAGCAUGCUGGGAAACUCCUAAACCCUGCUGUGUGUAUGACUUCUGGAGAGGACCUGACGGAAGCAGCUCCCUGCAACCAGGGUACUGACCAAUCACGGACCAAACGCUGACCAAUCACUGACCAAGACCUACAGUUCCUCCAACAACAGUUCAAGUUCCAGCCAAACCAGUGCAGAAUCAGAUUCACACAGUUCUACCCUGUUAACCCCACAUGCAGUCGAUCAGCUGUGAUUUGUUCAGGGUCUGAAGCUCACUUCUUCAAGAGCUACGGGGCUAAUGUGGCUAACAAGUAAUAAUACCUCAUGUACACUAAUUAGCAUGCCACUAACUGCAUGUCUUAAUCCCCCCAUGCUCUCCUGUAACCAUCUGAACUGUUCCCUCAGCAGGUAAAAGAGGUCUAAUAAAAGCUUAUAAGCUUUUACCUACGUUAGCAUUGUAACUUCAGUGCUAAUAAGUUAGCGUAAAAGUAUUGCUCUUUUUUUAACUACAUUAGCUUUACAAUUCCAGUGCUGAUUUAUAUGGUGUUGAUUGCAUGUUAGCUACAUUAGCUUUGCAGUGUAAAGAAGUUAAAGUUGGCAUAUGAACUACAUUUCUCACAUUUCUUUACUGCUGAUUAGUGAGGAAACAAAAUAUUUUAUUGCAUUUUAUCUACGUAGCAUUGUAGCUCUGAAGCUAAUUAGUAGGGUAUCAGCUUUCAUUACAAUUAGCCUCAUGUGUUCAGUGCUAAGUAGUGGGAUAUAAGCCUGUAUAACUUGUUUACUACAUUAGCUUCAUAGCUUCUGUGCUAAUUAAUGGGAUAUCUUUGCUAAUUAGUGGGAUAUGAACUUUUAUAGCUUUCUAGCUGCAUUAGCUUCACAGCUUAUGUGUUAAUUAGUGGAAUAUAUGCUUUAGAUGCUUUAUAUCUACAGUAAUGUCAUAGGUUCUAUGCUAAUUGGUGGGUUAUGUGCUUUUAUAGCUUGUUAGCUACAUUAGCCUCGUAGCUUAUGUGCUAAUUAGUUGGAUAUAAGCCUUUAAAGCUUGUUAGCUAUAUAAGCCUCAUAGCUUUUGUGCUAAUUAGUGGAAUAUGAGCUUUUAUAGCUUGGUAGCUACAUUAACCUCAUAGCUUCUGUGCUAAUUAGUUGGAUAUAAGCCUUUAAAGCUUGUUAGCUAUAUAAGCCUCAUAGCUUUUGUGCUAAUUAGUGGAAUAUGAGCUUUUAUAGCUUGUUAGCUGCAUUAGCCCCAUAGCUUCUGUGCUAAUCAGUUGGAUAUAAAGUAUUAAAGCUUGUUAGCUAUAUAAGCCUCAUAGCUUCUGUGCUUGUUUGCAGGAUAUGAGCUUGUAAAGCUUGCUAGCUACAUUAGCCUCUUUGCUCCAGUGCUAAUUUUUGGAAUAUGAGACUAUAUAGCUUGUUAGCUACUUUAUCCUCAUGACUUCUGUGCUAAUUAUUGGAAUAUGAGCUUUUAAAGCUUGUUAGCUACAUUAGCCUCUUUGCUCCAGUGCUAUUUAUUGGAAUAUGAGCUUUUAAAGCUUGUUAGCUACAUUAGCCUCAUAGCUUUUGUGCUAAGUAGUGGGAUAUGAGCUUUUAUAGCUUGUUAGCUACAUUAGCCUCUUUGCUCCAGUGCUAUUUAUUGGAAUAUGAGCUUUUAAAGCUUGUUAGCUUCAUUAACCUCAAAGCUUCUGUGCUAAUCAGCGGGAUAUGAGCUUUUAAAGCUUGCUAGCUACAUUAGCCUCCUUGCUCCAGUGCUAAUUAUUGGAAUUUGAGGCUGUAUAGCUUGUUAGCUACAUUAGCCUAAUAGCUUCUGUGCUAAUCAGUGGGGAUAUGAGCUUUUAUAGCUUGUUAGCUACAUUAGCCACAUAUCGUCUGUGCUAAUCAGUGUGAUAUGAGCUUUUAUAGCUUGUUAGCUACAUUAGCCUCGUGGCUCGAGUGCUAAUUAUUGGAAUUUGAGGCUGUAUAGCUUGUUAGCUACAUUAGCCUAAUAGCUUCUAUGCUAAUUAGUGGGAUAUGAGCUUUAAUUCCUUUAUAUCUACAUUAGCCUCAUAUCUUCUGUGCUAAUUUGUGGAGUAUAGCUUGUUAGCUUGUAUAGCUUGUUAGCUUGUAAGCUACAUUAGUCUCAUAGCUUCUGUGCUAAUCAGCGGGAUAUGAGCUUUUAAAGCUUGCUAGCUACAUUAGCCUCCUUGCUCCAGUGCUAAUUAUUGGAAUUUGAGGCUGUAUAGCUUGUUAGCUACAUUAGCCUAAUAGCUUCUGUGCUAAUCAGUGGGGAUAUGAGCUUUUAUAGCUUGUUAGCUACAUUAGCCACAUAUCGUCUGUGCUAAUCAGUGUGAUAUGAGCUUUUAUAGCUUGUUAGCUACAUUAGCCUCGUGGCUCGAGUGUAAAACGAGGAGUCAGGUCUCAGGCGCUGGAUGUUUCUCAGCAGUCAGACUGUGUUUGGGGUUAAAGGGCUGAACUGUGACUCAGAUCUGAAUCUACAGGGUUUAUCAAAGUUAAUCAGAAGCACGGUGAUGCUGAUCCAAGUCCAGAUUCAUGUCUCCAGUUGUGAAGGACGUUUUAGAUGUUUUGGACAAGUCGGAUGUGUUUGACCUUCAGACUGACCUCUGUGGGCAGCUUUAUGGAAAGGUGCUGUUUAUUUUUCUCAUGCGAGUCACUGUUUAAACAGUGGUGCUGCUGCCUUUGAUUAAGUGAGUUCUGAAGAAGUGUGAAAGAACAGGAACACACACACACACACACACACACAAAUGCAAAGUGAAACAAGACCCUAAUCAUACAUUUGUAUCAUACAUUUGGAAAGGCUGUGUUCAGACUGCAGGCAAAAUCAUAUUAUAAUUGCAUUUGAAAGCAUCUCUAAAUGUGAUUACUAAAAUAAAUCUGGAUUUUAUUUCUAGAUACACCAAAAAAAAUCAGAUUUGGAGUGGCAGUGUGAACAUAGAACAGCCUCAUGGUUCUUUAGGGCAUGCAUACAAAUUAAGACUAUAAGACUUGCAUAGACUAUGUUCACAUUACACAGGCUGAAGUGACUUAGGGUGUUUUUACACCAGCACUAUUUGUUCCAGGUAAAAUACAAACUGGUUUGUUUGCAUUCUUGGUGUGGUUCGUUUGAGCAGGUGAGAACAUGAUCCUGUCUCGAUCUGACCCGACCGUCAAAUAUACUCCUUUUAUUUAAGCUAAUUGGAUGUUCAGGUGCAGUUUACCCUGAUUUAUUACCAGAUAAUUACUGGAGUUGAGUUGUGUUUACACUGAAUGCUCUUUGUGUAGAGUUCAGUACAUGAACAUCCCAUUAAAAAUACUGUAUUUUAAAAGGGUAGCAGCAAAAUUGUUGCUGUGUUGGAACACAAAGAGACUUCUUCCUGUAUUUACCUUUCAGAGAGCUCUGACCAAUCAGAGAAGACAAUGCAUUUGGUUGUGUUAUUUGGGCUGCUUUUCUUGGACACAAAACUGAUGAAUUUAAGUUUAAGUUGAACAGAAUUAGACAUGUCGAAUUGAGUUUGUUUUUGCCGUUCACACUGCCACACAAACGACACACCCGUGUCAGAUAUGGCCAAAAAGAUCAGAUUUUGGCCACUUUUUUCUAUUAAAGUGACUUAAGUUUGAUUAAUAAAUAUCAGAUGUUAUAUAUCCACACAGCCCUGAAAACAUCAGAUCAUGCAUACUGUUACAGUGACAGAUUCACUUACAUUUAUGAAUGUAAACCUUCAAAAAUGGUCAAAUCUGAUCUAAACUGAUUAAUAAGGCGUGUAAUGUGAACAUAGAACACUGCCUGUGUGUCAAACGGAUCAGUGCUCCCUAUCUAGUGCCCUCAGUAGGGUGUAAACGGUUGAAGCUCGUUCCCUGUGUUACAUUUUCAUGUUCUUCUCAGUUCUGAACUGAAGUUCUGUGGGUUGGACGAGUUUAAUACGUGUGACUGAAUGUUUUUCAUCAUCGUUAUUAUUAUUAGUUUUAAUAAAUAUUAUUUGAUACAAAA